UUGCCGGUACCCUGUAAAGCAGAGCAGAUCAUGUGACUGAAAAGCAUGACACAUAGAUAAGGAAGCAGAGUGCAAACGGAGCAGACUGUCAAGACAGAACUAAGGUCUUCGGGAGACUCCCAAUGCGUCAACCAUGGCCUACCAGUACGGAAAAGUGCAGGACCCAAAUGUGCUUACUCAGACGAUAAUCUCCAACAUCCAGAAGAUAACACAACAAACAUCUGAAAUUCAGAGAAUUGUGAAUCAGUUGGGAACCCCACAAGACACAACUGAGCUCAGACAGCAGCUCCAGCAGAAACAGCAAAAUGUCAACCACCUUGCCAAAGAGACAGACCGAUGUGUGAAGGAAUUUGGCUCUUUGCCUGUCACAACUGAACAGCGCCAGAGAAAGAUCCAGAAAGAUCGCCUUAUCAACGACUUCUCCAAUGCACUGGCCAAUUUCCAAAAGGCACAGAGGCAGGCUGCUCAGAAAGAGAAGGAGUUUGUUGCCAGAGUCCGUGCCGAGUCCAGAGUGUCGGGUGGUUUUCCUGACGACAGCUUUGGAGGAAAUGGAAACCCCUUUGAAAGUGGGGGGCAGGCCCAGGUCCAGUCUCAGUCCCAGGAGGUGGCCAUCACUGAGGAAGACCUGCAGCUCAUCCAGGAGAGAGAGACUUCCAUCAGACAGCUAGAGUCUGAUAUUACCGAUAUAAAUGAAAUAUUUAAGGACUUGGGAAUGAUGGUCCAUGAGCAGGGUGAUAUGAUCGACAGUAUAGAGGCCCAUGUCGAAACUGCCGACCUUCAUGUUCAGAAUGCCAGCCAGCAGUUAGCACAGGCUGCAGACUAUCAGCGCAAAUCUAGAAAGAAGAUCUGCAUUCUCAUUGUCGUUCUGGUCGUACUUGCUGUUGUCGUUGGUUUAAUCAUCUGGGCAUCAGUUAAAGGAUGAUGAUGCUUUUCACACACACUUUGGUCCUGGCAGUUUCAUGAUUCUUUAGGACUAAGUUUGAGUUUCAAGGCCCAUUGCUUGUAAAAUGAAGACAAAUGUGACAGCUGUUUUGUACUGUCACUUUACUAUACUGAACAAAAAUAUAAACGCAACAUGUAAAGUUUUGGUCCAAUGUUCCAUGAGCUGAAAUAAAAGAUUGCAGAAUUUUUUUCCCACAUGCACAAAAAGAUUAUUUCUCUCUGUGCACAAAUUUGUUUACAUCCCUGAACAUUUCUUCUUUGCCAAGAUAAUCCAUCGCCUGACAGGUGUGGUAUAUCAAGAAGCUGAUUAAACAGUGUGAUCAUUACACAGUGGCACAAUGCCACAGAUGUCCCAAGUUUUGAGGGAGCGCGCAAUUGGCACGUUGACUGCAGGAAUGUCCACCAGAAAAUGUAAUGUCCAUUUCUCUACCAUAAGCUGCCUCUAAAUUGUUUUAGAGAAUUUGGCAGUACAUCCAACCGGGCCUCACAACCGCAGACCACGUGUAACCACACCAGCCCAGGACCUCCACAUCCAGUUUCUUCACCUGCGGGAUUGUCUGAGACCAGCCACCUGGACUGGUGAUGAAACUGAGGAGUAUUUAUGUCUGUAAUAAAGCCCUUUUGUGAGGAAAAACUAUUUUUGAUUGGCUGGGCCUGACUCCUAACUGGGUUGGUCUAUGCCCACCCAUGGCUGCACUCCUACCCAGCCAUGUGAAAUCUGUAGAUUAAGGCCAAAUGAAUUUAUUUCAGAUGACUGAUUUCCUUAUAUGAAUUGUAACUCAGUAAAAUUGAUGAAAUUGUUGCAUUUUGCGUUUAUAUUUUUGUUCAGUGUAUUAUAUUGAAAUUUAAAUAGAUCACUUUUCAAGGGAACUUUGUCAGUGUGCCAUUGUUGGCUUCUAUUUGUCAAAAUAGUCCAUCAGUAAUGAAUUAAUAAUGUAUAAACUUAAAUUCUAUAUGAUCUAAAGAGCAUGUCCUUUUGGUGUCUACAUACUGUAUGCUAUCUGCAGGCACAUACAGUGAGUAUACAAAACAUUAAAAACCAGGUUUCACCAGGUGAAAGCUGUGAUCCCUUAUUGAUGUCAGUUGUUAAUUCCACUUCAAUCAGUGUAGUUGAAGGGGGAGGGGAACGGUUAAAGAAGGAUUUUUAAACCUUGAGACGAUUGAGACAUGGAUUGUGUGCCAUUCAGAGGGUGAAUAGGCAAGGCAAAAGAUUUAGGUGCUCUUUAAACAACAGGCGGCACCUUAAUUGGGGAGGACGUGCUUGUGGUAGUCGCUGGAGCGGAAUUAGUGGAAUGGUAUCAAAUACAUUAAACACAUGGUCUCCAUGUGUUGGAUGCCAUUCCAUUAAUGCCGUCCCAGCCAUUAUUAUGAGCCAUUCUCCCCUGAGCAGCGUCCGCUACUUUGAAUGGGUUAUGGUAGUAGGUGCCAGGCACACUGGUUUGUGUCAAGAACUGCAACGCUGCUGGGUUUUUCACGCUCAACAGUUUCCCGUGUGUUUGAAGAAUGGCCCACCACCCAAAAGGACAUCCAGCCAACUUGACACAACUGUGGGAAGCAUUGACGUCAACAUGGGCCAGCAUCCCUGUGGAACGCUUUUGACAGCUUGUAGAGUCCAUGCCACAACGAAUUGAGGCUAUUCUGAGUGCAAAAGGGGGGAGGGGGUGCAACUCAAUAUUAGGAAGGUGUUCCUAAUGGUUGGUACUGUAUGCUCAGUGUAUAUAGUAGUCUCUUGUUCUAUGGACCAAUGCUUUUGUGUCCAGGCUUUUGCCGUUUUAAUCCUGAGAUAUUGAAAUCAUAUUUUUGUUGAUUGUUAAUUAAUAUUAUAGUAAGAAGAAUACACAGAAUAUGCCCGGAAUAGGCUUGUUUAAGACCUGCUGAUUAUAAUGGACCGUAGCCUUGUCUAUGCGCUAGAGGUCAAGGAUUGUGCAAUACUAAACAAGAUCUUGCAUCACUUUUGCUGUAAGGUUCCUCCAAGGAAUGCUGCCUCAAUUCUUCACUUUAUGAAUUUGUAUUUAAUCUCAUAACUACUCUCACUGUAUGAUUAAAUAUGUAUGGAUUGUACACGA